CCACGUGAAGGGGUUCGACCGGUUGGGGAAAACGUCUCUCUCAGUCCCAGUCACCCUUCUUCUUCUUCUUCUUUUUCUUCUUCUUCUUCUUCUUCUAAUUAUUCUUCCAGCCUUCCAGCCGUUCACCAAAGACACCAGAGAGAAAACGCAGGGUGCUAGUUCGGCGGCUUCGGCCAUGGAGCUGGAGCUGCCCAAUGGCCCGGUGAAGCGAGAAAUGGUUGUGCAUGAAGCAGCCGUCCGAGGAGGAGGAGGAGGAGGACAUGGCGGCGACAUGAGGAUGAGGAUGGAUGUUACCGUGAGGAUCAACGCCGACAUGUUUCACUGCCCCAUCUGCUUCCGCCCCUUCAAGCCUCCCGUCUUCCAGUGCGAAGGCGGGCACUUGGCUUGCGGCAGCUGCGUCGUGGAGCUCCCCUGGCAACAGUGCGGCAAAUGCGAGCACGGCGGCGACUUCCACGCCUGCCCCUUGCUCGACACCUUCGUCUCCUCGGCCAGCGUCCAGUGCGACCACCACGGCUGCGGGCGCUACGUCACCUACCACGAGGCCGGCCAGCACCGGAGCGCGUGCCCGCACGCGCCCUGCUCCUGCGCGCUGCCCGGCUGCGGCUUCCUCGGCCCGCCGCCGGCGCUCCUCCUUCACCUCAACGCGCUGCACUCAGUGCCCGUGCACGACGUCCCGUACAGCAAAGCGCUCCUGCUGCAGGUACAGGCGUCGCCGGAGCCGCGGCACCUUCUUCGCGGGGAGGAGGACGGCCGCGCGUUCCUCCUGGUCACCGGCGCGCACGGUCCGGGAGCCGCGGUCACGGUGUCUGUCGUGUGCAUCAGAGCGGCCGCGUCCCCGUCGCCGCGCUACUCGGUCAAGCUGUGGGCCAACGGGCCACCGCCGCCGGCCAACCGCAAGAUGGACACCAUCUGGGCGGACUUUGAGGCGACGAGCAGCACGUCGCCGGGCACCGUCGCCCUGGAGGAGCUGACGUCUUUCUUGACGGUACCACCGCGGUAUCUACAUGGGGCUGGGGCGUCCAAGGAGUUGCCUCUCCACGUUCGCAUCGACAAGAUCACCUCCUGAUCUCUUCCACUACUCUUAAUCUUCCAGUGGGCAUAUGCCUAAGAAGUGAUGUAUUUUGGUUACUUGGUUGUACUCCCUUGGUCGCAAAAUUCUUGUCUUAAUUUUUUUAAAUAAGGAUGUAUUAAGUCAUAUUUUAGUAUUAGAUACAUCCUAUCUAGACUAAUAUAAGACAAGAAUUUUGAGAUGGAGGGAGUGCGUAAUACAUGUCUUGUGGCAGGUAUUUUGGUUGUAGUACUUUGAGAUCA